CAGCAUAAAGUCAAGCCACCGAAGAUGUGCUGUUGAAUAGUCAAGUAAACUGCAAUAAUCAUUUUUCUAAAGGCAUUUCAUUAAUCUUUGCAAUUUAGUUAUCAUCUCUUCAUUUAGUUAAUGCCAAGUACACGUUUGCUUGGAGGAAUCUGUGAAGGAUAAAACAUAUCUUGCAAGCUUUAGGCAUAUUUUUUUAUUGCAAACAUGUUCUUCAAACAUGCAUUCGUGGUAUUAGUUCUAGCUCUGAGUUACUUGGGGACACAAAGAUUUGCUGCUGCUGUACUGCCUCAGGAUGAGGGUUAGCUGAUUGUUAUAUAUACUUAUUACUGUGGUAGAACUUCUGGAAGAGUUGAUAUGAGUUCAGAUUUCAAAAAAGAAAGGUAUUAGUGGAUGCUCUAAAUUUAAUUACCAGAAAAAUGGGAGCUUCUGGCUGGAAUUUCAAUGCUGAUGCUUGUCAGGACAAUGUCAUACCAAUUCAACCAACGGAUCCUGAGCGGAACAUUUCCUGCAAUUGCAACUUUCCAAACAACACUUGCCAUAUUGUAUCCCUGAAAAUCAAGCGUUUUAGUCUUCCGGGAGAGCUUCCACCUGAAUUGGUCCAACUUUCUUUUCUUGAGCAUAUUGAUUUUGCUUACAAUUACCUGAAUGGUUCUAUACCACGUGAAUGGGCUUCAAUACCACUAAAAUUUAUCUCUGUUCUCGCAAACCGGUUAUCAGGAAAUAUACCAACCUAUUUGGAGAACUUUACAAAUCUUACUUCCUUUCUAUUGAUGUAUCUUACCAGAGACCUUGAGUUAAAUCAAUUUUCUGGAAAUGUUCCUCGCGAGCUUGGGAAGUUAGUUAACUUAAGAAUUUUGAAGCUAUCUUCCAAUAAAUUAAGUGGAAAUUUACCUGUGGAACUUGCUGAACUGAGAAACUUGACUGAUUUUCGCAUAAAUGACAACAAUUUCACCGGCAGCAUUCCGGAUUCUAUACAAAACUGGAGGCAACUCGGUAGACUAGAAAUGCAAGGUAGUGGACUGGAAGGACCCAUUCCAUCAUCCGUUUCUAUUUUGGAGAAAUUAACGGACCUGAGGAUUAGCGACAUAAAUGUGACAAAUCAGGCUUUUCCUGAUCUGAUCAACAUAACAGGCCUCAGCCGUUUGCGUUAUGGGAGUUUCAGGAUUUUGAGGAACUGCAAAAUAUCAGGAAAUAUUCCUUCAUACAUCUGGACAAUGAGUAGACUCCGAGUUUUGGAUCUCAGUUUUAACAACUUACAUGGGGAACUUCCCAAUGCCAUAACUACAGAGACAAACAGAUUGUUAUACAUCUUCUUAAAUGGAAAUUUUCUCAGUGGAGUUAUACCAUUCUUUUCAUCAGGACUAAAUAUAGAUCUUUCCUACAAUAAUUUCACAAGGCAAGAUCAGCCUGCUUGUCGACAAACGGAUAUACGUCUAAACUUGUUCCGGAGUUCUUCAAUGGGAAAUGACAUAGGAGGAGCAUGUGCGAAGAGUUUCGAUUGUGAUCGACAUUGGCACUCUUUAUACAUUAAUUGCGGUGGAGAAAAUAUGGAAGUAAAUGGCAACACAUAUGAAGGAGAUGGAGAUGUUGGUGGUGGUGCCUCAACUUUUUAUCCAAGUAAUAAUGGCUGGGGAUUUAGCAGCACUGGAGAUUUCAUGGAUGAUGAUGAUUUUCUAAAUGAAGCUUAUAUAGCAGAAUCACCAUCAUCACUAAUCAGCAAUGGAUUGUACCGUACAGCACGCAUUGCUCCUCUUUCACUUACCUAUUAUCGUCAGUGUUUAAUUGAUGGCAAUUACACUGUAAGCCUACACUUUGCGGAAAUCCAGUUCACAAAUGACAGCACGUAUAACAGCCUUGGGAGGCGCCUGUUCAAUAUAUAUAUUCAGAACGAUAUGGUGGAGCAGAAUUUCAAUAUAGCAGAUGAAGCUAAUGGGGUUGCUACGCUAAUCACAAAAAUGUAUAAUGCAACAGUAACAAAUAACAUCUUGGAGAUCCGCUUGAGUUGGGCUGGCAAAGGGACUACAAGAAUCCCGGAUAAUGGAGUCUAUGGUCCCCUUAUAUCAGCUAUUUCGAUAGAUCCUCACUUUAAACCUCCUUCCGGAGGGGGAAAUACAAAAAUUGCACCAAUUAUUGUUGGAGUACUAGGAUCAUGUCUCAUUAUCUUAGCUUUGGGUUUGAUUGUGUGGAAACGCUAUUUCCGAGCAAAGAAUGGGAGACAAAAAGAUUUUGAAGGACUAGAAAUUCAAACAGUCUCUUUUACCCUAAAGCAAAUUAAAACUGCCACUAAUAAUUUUGCUCCUGCAAACAAAAUUGGAGAAGGUGGCUUUGGACCAGUUUACAAGGGUUUAUUAGCUGAUAACACUGUAAUCGCUGUGAAGCAGUUGUCAUCUAAAUCAAAUCAAGGAAAUCGUGAAUUUUUGAAUGAAAUAGGCGUGAUUUCGUGUAUGCAGCACCCAAAUCUUGUGAAACUUCAUGGUUGCUGUAUUGAAGGAAAUCAGCUGUUGCUAGUAUAUGAAUACAUGGAAAAUAACAGCCUUGCUCAUACUUUGCUUGGCCCGGAAGACCGCUGUCUGAAAUUGGACUGGCAAACAAGGCAGAGGAUCUGUGUUGGUAUAGCUAAAGGUUUAGCAUAUCUGCAUGAAGAGUCAACACUCAAAAUUGUUCAUAGAGACAUCAAAGCUACCAAUGUUCUUCUUGAUAAGCAUCUAAAUCCUAAGAUAUCUGACUUCGGGUUGGCUAAACUUGAUUCAGAGGAAAAAACUCACAUCAGCACCAGGGUUGCGGGAACUAUAGGAUAUAUGGCUCCAGAAUAUGCACUAUGGGGUUACUUGACCUACAAAGCAGAUAUUUACAGUUUUGGAAUUGUGGCACUGGAAAUUGUUAGUGGGAAGCAUAAUAUGAGUCGCGGUCCAGAGAGCAACUUUGGUUGCCUUUUAGAUUGGGCCUGCCACUUGCAACAAGGUGGAAAGCUAAUGGAGCUAGUGGAUGAGAAACUUGGAUCUGAAUUCAAGAAGGUAGAAGCAGAAAGGAUGAUUAAAGUAGCUCUCUUAUGUACUAAUGGUUCAGCUUCACUGAGGCCAAUUAUGUCUGAAGUGGUAAGUAUGCUAGAAGGAACUAAAACUAUACCAGAUGUGAUCCCUGAAGAAAGCAGUUAUAAUGAAGAUUUAAGGUUUAAAGCCAUAAGAGAGCAUCAUAAAGAAAUAAGAAGUCAGAGUUUAAGAAGUCAGAAUCAUACAUCAACAUCAUCAGGCUGGUCUAGGCUUGAUUCUUCAUCUGCUACUACACAUGAUUUGUAUGAAAUCAAGUCAGAGCUGUAUGCAAAUGCUAAGGCAAAGGGAGACCAAGACAAACAGAUGGAUAGCCAGAAGAAGAGUCCCUGCAAGAAACGAUCUUGUGAGCCAGAGGGGUUUCAAAGAUGUGUUAACCAAAACUGCGUUCUUUAUAUUAGUUCUGGUCUUAAGCUGCUUGGUGACACAAACAUUUGCUGCCUCAGGAUGAGGAUUGCCAAAAGAAUGGGAGCUACUGGUUGGAAGUUUGAUGCUAAUUUUUUGUGGAGAUCAAAUUCGACCGGUUGAAGAGAGAUCCUGAGAGGAACAUUACUUGCAAUUGCGGAUUUGAGAACAACACCUGCCAUGCUACAGCCUUUUAUGUUUCUCUCUUAUCUUUAAAAUGUAUCGUCAGUCCAUGAGCAACCAUAGAACAAGUAUGCUUAAUAUAGCAUGAUUGAAUAUAUUGAUUUGCGACUUAGCUCCAAAUGUUACUCGAAAUUCAGGGUUUGAUUUGAAUUUUCAAGGGAAAUAAAGCGUUUUAGCCUUCCAGGAGAACUCCCAUCUGAACUCAUUCAGUUGCCUUACCAGAUCAUGUGGGUAUAUGUUCCACUGGUUUUGUGUUUGAGCAAUUUUUGUUUUCCCCAUAUUGCCAUCAAGAAACGGGAAAAUGCCUUCUAGGAAGGGAUUCAGUACUAUAGUUCAAUCCAGAAUUCUUCUGCUUCUGCCAAUUAUAAAAAUGAAAUAAAGGAAGAGUCCUGCAAGAGAUUCAAAGCCUGGAGAGAACAUUACAAGCAGAUGGGCAGCACCAGCACCAGCCCCAGGAUGGUUUCAACUUCAGUAGCAUAAAAGGCAUUAGAAUCCGCCCCAUGAUGUUCGUGAUCAUUGAUAUCAGUACAAGUUCAUGAUAGUGUUGAUCUCAUUAGUCAUUACACAUUUUCAUCCUAAGAAUUGUCAAUGUGCCAAUAAGGGACCAAAUGUCGGUGAAGUACAACAGUUGGAGGAGAUGAGAGGCAGGUGCUGGAAAUUCAGCUAUGUAACAGUAGAAUAAAUUUCCUGAGGCAAAAUGUUGUAAGCUUUCUUGGGUCAAAGCUAUUGAAUGGUAAAGGGGAGUAUUUAAUUCCUGGAUUUCGAUUGACAA